AUGACUUUCGUAUCAUUUGGUUCUGAUGAUGAUAUUUACUUGCUAUCUACUACUCAUCUUAAUGAUACAUCAGAUUCAUCGACAAAUUGUCUUGUUAAUGACUUGACUUCAUCUUCUUCAAAUUGUUAUACUCUUGAACAACUAAAGUAUUUCUUCUUUAAAAAAGAUCAGAGUGUUUGCCUUGAUAAUAAAAACUCUACGAAACCAUUAGCGUCUUGGUGGCGCUCUUUUGGAUAUGUAACUGUAAAAAAUAAAAAAAAUGAAUUAGAACAAAUUAAUGGAUUUAUUAGCUGUUUCAAGUGUUAUCACGUAUUUCGUUAUGAAUCUGCAAGUGGAACAAAGCACUUUAUCGAACAUGCAGAUCGAUGCUUCCCAUUAUCUUCUUCAAAUCCUGCUUCAGAUGAAAGAAAUGAUUCAAAAUUGGUUCAAUAUAAAUUAAAUCAAGUUGGUUUUCGACGAAAAGCUAAAUUAACAUUUAAACAAAAAAAUGAAUUAAAAGAAGUUCAUGCACAAUGGAUUUGCACAGAUUUUAGGCCGUUUACAAUAUUAGAAGAUUAUGGUUUUGAACAUUUAGCGAAUAUCGCUGAACAUGGACUUGUAGAUGCUAAAGAAUUAUUACCAAGUUGGCAUACAGUUACUCAUAAUGUUGAUGAUCUAGCUGCUAAAUGA